AUGCACAUUUCCAUCCUCACCCUCGCCGUCCUCCCCCUCCUAACCUCCUCCACCCCCCUCGAACGCCGCUCCGAAUGGGUCUACGCAGGCUGCUGGUCCGAACCAGCUACCGGCUACGCUCUCUCCGCUAAACGAGCAACCUUUUCCGCGUUGACGCUCAGUGCUUGUGCGGCUUACUGUAGUGAUUACUUCGUCUAUGGCGUGGAGAAUGGGAAUUUGGGGCCGAAGGGGGAUACCGGCAAUCCUGGAGUGCAGGGUGUGAAAGGGUCGACGGGCAAUACUGGACCGCAGGGCAUCAAAGGCGACACAGGCAGCCCUGGACAGCAGGGUAUCAAAGGCAGUACAGGCAGUACUGGACCGCAGGGUAGCAAAGGAGAUACAGGGAGCCCGGGUUCGCCCGGAAGCACAGGACCGCAGGGCAUCAAAGGAGAUACAGGACUUUCAGGAUCGCCGGGCAGCAAAGGGGAUACAGGCAAUCCAGGGUCGCCGGAUAGCAAAGGCGAAACUGGAAGUCAAGGUCCUGCUGGCGUCGGAAGUCCGGGACCGAAAGGCGAGACAGGCAGACCCGCAGGCGUGGGAAGCCCGGGCCCGAAAGGCGAUACAGGCAAUCCAGGAUCGGCGGGACCCAAAGGCGACAUAGGACCAGCAGGCGUCGGAAGUCCUGGAAGUCCGGGUCCGAAGGGCGAUAAAGGCGAUAGUGGGAUUCCAGGAACCCCUGGCCCGGCUGGAAGUCAAGGUUUGAAAGGCGAUACUGGGAGCCCCUCUGGAGCGUCUGGAAGUCAAGGGUUGAAAGGCGAUACUGGUAGCCAAGGCAAGUUAAACGUUUCUCAGACGAUUAUCACAUAUCUAACGGCAAAAUUAGGUCCCUCGGGCCCGGCUGGCGCAAAUGGCAGCACGGGACCGAAAGGAGAUGCGGGCAGCCCAGGUGCGAACGGAAGUCAAAGCUCCCCAGGAAGUCAAGGAAUCCAAGGCAUCCAGGGCCCAUCCGGACCACAGGGUCCAAAAGGCGAUACAGGCUCUGCAGGCCCCCCCGGACCCAAGGGCUGUGUUGUUGGUGUUCUGGGGUGUAAUUAG